AUGGUUUACAAUAUCACCGAAAAGGAAACCCAGCCCACCAUCUGGAGCCACAUCAACGGCUCCGAGGGCGAUAUCCUCGAUCGCUACUGCGUCUCCGAGCUCUGCAAGGGCUGGCCAGUCUAUCGCGAUGCCUCUGAAUGGAACCACUACCGCCAUCUGUUUGUCGACAAGGGCGCUUUUGUCUUUACUAACGAUUUCAUCAAGACGUCCAUUAAGGGACGCGCCAACGGAGACCACAUCAUGCACCGCGAAAACGGCACCCUCGUCGACCUGAAUCCGACCACCAGCCGCGCCAUCGGUAAAAUGAAGGCCACCAUCACUCAACGCUUCAACUGGGACGGAGUCGAGUUCGACGUGGAGUGCGAUUGCCGCUUCAUAAACUUCUGUCUGAAACAGGGAGGUGAUUGGAAAGUGGUAUAUAUCAAAUUGUUCUACGAAAAGGAUCGCGUCACACCUGCAGAUGGUCAGACGGUGCCCAAAUUUGACCGAGCGGAGUUGGAGAAAUACCCCAAGGGUUACCAGUAUCUGGCGGUGGCACAGGCCAAGCUAGGCCACCCGAUCUUGAAUGAUUUGCCGACGAUGAACAAUAAGGCGUUCUACAAAUUGUACGAGGCGAUGGAUGCGUGGAUGGAGGCCCGACCGGUAGGAGAUCUACUGGAGAUUCCCAAGGAAGCGUCGCCACGGUAUUGA